AUGGCCAACCCAAACGAGGGUGGCUGCCUCGAUGAACUAGAACAGACACUUGGCUCGUUCAGGACUGAACGAAAUACUGAAGAUGAUGCAGAUGCAGAUACCACCUCUGAUACCGAUUGGCGUUCUGCUAGGUUGUCAUCCAGCGAUGAUAACUGUUCAAGCUUCAAUGAUGCCCUUCGCGUCCAGCAACUGGAAGAAGAGCAAGAACGUUUGAACAAUUCUUUGUUCUCUCUAAGCUCCCACUUCGCUCAAGUUCAGUUUCGGCUUAAGCAAAUUGCAGAAGCCCAAGGGGAAGACAGAGAGGCGCUUCUGAAAAACCUGCAAGAUUUCGCCUUCAAAGGAUGUGCGGAUAUGAACGAAUUGAAGAAACUGCGUAGCGAAAAUGACGACGGGGAAGUGUUGCAGAUACAAAAGCAGAGACAAAAUGAAUUACUCAAACAAUUACGCGAGCAAAUAGAAGAUCUAGAGCGAAUAGCGUACGAGAAUGGCGAGGGUGAUAUGCCAAGUACCUUAAUUUUGCAGAAACAGAAAGCCGCCCUGGACGAGUUACAUGCUAAAAUGUCCUUAAAUUUGGAGUUGGACAAGAUGUCGCUUGCUGAUAUACAAAAGCAUGUUGAUGAAGCUCUAAAGCAGCUUGUAAAUCCUUUCAAAGAAAAGCAACAACUUGUCGAGCAGUUGCAAACGCAGAUAAUCGAUCUUGAAAGAUUUGUGAGCUACUUGCAAAAGGAGAAUAGUUCUACGGAUGGAUCACCGGCUAAAGCAAUCACGUCCUCGCAAUUCACUGCAAGCAAACCGAAAUCGAGUUCCUUCUUCGCAUUGAUUGGCGGCUCAGCGCAACGUUUUCAAAAGAAUCAGCUCAAGAAUACAUUACGAGGAAACCACUACGGUGAUGAGCGUGCACGUUUGCAGUUGGCGGUAGAUGCAACUCAGCGAGUGUUGGAAAAAUAUACUCUUUUGAAUAUCGAAGGCUCAUCAGGGGAAAAAGACUUACAAGAAAUGGAUGUCGUAAAUGAUGAGAUUUUUGAACGGUCAGAAGAAGAAGUCGUUUCUGUUGUGAGAAGACAGCUGUGUCCAUCGUUGAGAGCACUACUGGAGCAUGGCAUGCUGAGUGAAACGGUCAGUCUACGUUCUCUACCAUCAUCCCUCGGCUUGGGGUGCUUUGUAUCAAAGAAUGGUUCUAAUUGUAAAUUCCAAGCCCACUCCGCUCCAACAUGUCUGGGAUGUCGUGCUGUAUUUUUAUGGCUCAAAAAUGGUCGUGAACUGAGCGAGGCACCCGUACGGACGCUCAGCCAAUCGUUCAAACUCGAAAAUGUUGGCAUGGAGAAGUGUCUUCGAAGCAGUUUAUUGAUAACACAAGGGAACUAUUUCUACUUUGAACAGAUCUUGCUGACGACCAUUGAAAAUAUUGUUUCAUCGCACGCUCGCUUACGGAGAUCGAAGGAUUCUCAGUGGAAAGCGUUUGUAUCAGCUGCCAUGAAUGAGAAAAAACUUCCCGCUUGGCUUCGAAUAAUUUUCCGAACUCGUCAUGUUGUGGAGAUGUGUUACAAUAGUUGGAGCUACGUAUCCAGAACAGGUUGCGAGGAGUUGUACACGUUGUUGGAGUGUUUACACAAAUAUAAUGUCGAACUACCGGUCGAUUUGGCUCUGCGACCAUUCCAGCAGAUGAAGGACGCAUUUUGA